AUGGCUGACUGGUCUGAAGUCUACUCUGAUCUCCUGUCUUCCUAUGCCAUCAGAAGGAAGUUUCUUCCCAAACUGGACCCCAAUGACCAAGAUGAUGAGGAGAACAUCAUCCAGCACAUCCUGGCUGUAGCAGAAAAGAGGAAGGAAGAGACUGGUGGGGGUGAGGAUGCCAGAGAGGAGAGAAUGAGACCUUUGAAGGCAGGUGACUACAGGAAACCCUUUACUGAAUUUACUGCAGGUCAGCAGCUCUUCAAGGAGGACAUGGAUGCCUAUGAUAGGGAGAGGAGGGACACCAAGGACCCCAAUACCAUAGGCCAGAGGACCAAAAUAAUCCAACAGUGGUGGGAGUCUGUUUCCAAUGAUAAAAAAGCUGAAGCUGGGAGGGCUGCUGAGAAGUGGAAUAUGUUGGGUGCUCCCAAAGGGACUCAUGAAUCAUAG